AUGACAGAAAUUGACCUAUCUCAAACAAUCGAACGUUCAUUAAUAACUGGAUUGCUUGCGGGAUGUGCAGUUGAUUUGUUAUUAUAUCCAAUCGAUACAAUAAAAACUCGACUUCAACAAAAAAAAAAUCUUCAGGGAAGAUUUUUAUUUUCAUCAUUAUAUUCCGGUGUUGGUUCUGUAAUGAUCGGUAGUGGUCCAUCAUCAGCAUUAUUUUUUCUUUCGUAUAAUUUAACAAAACAAACUUUAAAUGUAUCAUAUUCCAGUCAAGUUCCUAUGAUAGCUGCUGCUUUUGGAGAAACUUGUGCAUGUCUUGUCCGUGUUCCUACUGAAGUUAUUAAACAACGAGCACAAGUUAAUCGAAAUUUACGUUUGUCAACAAUUGCUCGAUCAUGUCUUCGAAAUGAAGGUUUAUCAGGUCUUUACAGAGGAUAUUUUGCAACUUUAGCAAGGGAAAUUCCAUUUUCAAUGAUUCAAUAUCCACUCUGGGAAUUUUUUAAAGAAUAUCAAAGCAAAAAACAAGGUUAUCAAGUAUCUCCAUGGCAAGGAGCUUUAUGUGGAUCUUUAGCCGGUGGAUUAGCUGCAUCAAUUACAACUCCAUUAGAUGCCGCUAAAACUCGAAUAAUACUUGCACAUCAUUCUCAUCCUGAUGCCAGUUCUCAUUUCUUACGAAUAAUUAUAAACAUUCUCAAAACUGAAGGUUUUCCAGCUUUAUAUAGUGGUGUUGUUCCUCGUACUACGUGGAUCUCGAUUGGUGGUUUUGUUUAUUUCGGUGCUUUUGAAUUUGUGACAUCAUCGUUUUUUUGUAGCGAAAAUAUUAUUUGUUAG